AUGAACAAGCCAAAAAGCGCUGUCAUCGUAGGCGCAGGUGCCGGCGGCAUUGCCAGCGCUGCCAGACUCGCCAAAGCCGGUUUUCGAGUGACCGUACUUGAGAAGAACGACCAUACGGGCGGACGCUGCAGCUUGAUACACGACGAUGGCCACCGGUUCGAUCAAGGCCCUUCUCUCCUCCUCCUGCCCGACCUCUUCGAGGAAACCUUCACCGACCUAGACACGUCCCUUGAGGCCGAAGGGGUAGAGUUGCUCAAAUGCGAGCCCAACUACAACGUCUGGUUCGGCGAUGGGGAGUGCAUUGAGCUGUCCACGGAUGUUGCCAAAAUGAAGAAGACGAUUGAGCGUUGGGAGGGAAAAGAGGGGUUUGAGAGAUACCUCGCGUGGAUGAAGGAGGCUCAUGUUCACUACGAGGCUAGUGUUGUUCAUGUACUGAGGAAGAACUUCUCCACAAUAUGGGCAAUGGCCCGUCCGAGCUUCCUGCCCUACCUUAUGGCCCUCCACCCCUUCGAAAGCAUAUGGAAUCGGGCAGCGCGAUAUUUCCUGACGGAGAGACUGAGGAGGGCUUUCACUUUUGGGAGCAUGUAUAUGGGCAUGAGUCCCUUUGAAGCUCCUGGCACCUACAGCCUGCUCCAGUAUACCGAACUGGCGGAAGGCAUAUGGUAUCCGAGAGGCGGGUUUCAUCGAGUCUUGGACGCUUUGGUCCGAGUUGGGCAACGUCUCGGGGUCGAAUACAGACUGUCGACACCUGUUGCUCGAGUAAAUGUCGACGGAUAUUCCCAGCGCGCCACGGGCGUUACGCUGGCCUCUGGAGAAGUUGUGAACGCCGACCUUGUCUUGGUCAACGCCGAUCUCGUCUAUGCCUACAACGAGUUGCUAUCUCCCUCUCAUCAAGCCACAACAUUGUCGAAGAAACCGGCUUCUUGUUCCAGCAUCUCAUUCUACUGGUCCAUGGACAAGGUGGUCCCUGAGCUCCACACGCACAACGUCUUCCUGGCCGAUGACUACCAAGACAGCUUCGACGACAUUUUUAAGCGACAACAGAUUCCGAAAGAGCCCUCAUUCUAUGUCAAUGUGCCCUCGCGUGUCGAUCCAAGCGCCGCUCCCGAGGAUCGAGACAGCGUGGUGGUGCUCGUUCCCUGUGGUCACCUAUUGGAGGGAGAGUCUGAUCGGGGCCUCAACCCGCAAAGCGCGCAGGAUUGGCAGUCUAUGGUUGCAAAAGCUCGGCACGCAGUAUUCGAAACGAUUCGUCUCCGGACAGGGGCCGAUCUUCAAUCCCACGUGGUUCACGAGAUAGUCAAUACGCCGGGCACGUGGAAAGACAGAUUCAAUCUUGACAGGGGCGCCAUUCUUGGAUUGAGCCACUCGUUCUUUAAUGUGCUCAGCUUCAGGCCCGGGACGAAACACGCGGCAAUAGGAGGCGUGUACUUUGUGGGAGCCAGCACUCACCCAGGAACCGGUGUGCCGAUUGUGCUGGCUGGGAGCAAGAUCACCAGCGAACAAAUCCUCGACGACCUUGGCAUGAUCAAGCCGUGGUCUCCGGGAAACCACAAGAGGAGGGUGGUGAGCGAUCUGGACAAGUGGGGAAAGCCUCCUUUGGACCUCGUGCACACCCUUAUUGUUGUAUUCUUCGCGUUGGUGGUGAUGCUUAUGCUCGCCGCUAGAUGA